GAGGAGAGAGGAGCGAGGAGAGAGGAGAGAGGAGACAGGAGACAGGAGAGAGGAGAGAGGAGCGAGGAGAGAGGAGAGAGGAGAGAUGAGAGAGGAGAGAGGAGAGAGGAGCAGCUCUCCACUAAACUGAGAGGACCAGGACUGAAGUCAGAGCCCUGACACCAGAUCCAGAGGGGUCACAAACAUGAACCAGAAUGAGUCCACAGACAGAGUCGCCGUCUUUAGAUUAAUGACUGAGUUCCUCUCUGAAGUUUCAUUAAAUCCUCAUUAACAAACUUCUCUGAAAACGUUUAAAACAUAGAUAAAGAUCUAAAAACUCAACAGGACUGAUUUCAGCCUACUUCACUUUUCUUUUGUUUACAUUUUGCUCUUUGUUAUUUUAUUGCAUCUUAGCUGUUGUGUUAUAUUUCUUUUAUUUUUAUUCUUGGCAUGGAAAUGGACCUAAGUACUAAUUUCAUACCACAGACUGUCAAAGGUGUGGGAUAUGACAAAAUAAAGGUUCUUGAAUCCUUGUAAACCUGAUUCUGUGAUUUAUAAUUGAAUAUCUUUGGAGUUUGAAUAACAGUUAAAAUCGAUCUCUGGGAUCCUUGAUAAGAUGUUAAAAACAGAAUUUGAAGGUUUGAAAAUCAUUUUAACCUGCUAUUGGACUAAAAGAUUAAAAAUGUCUGUUUUCAAAUCUUCAUUUUCAAAGAAAUUCAGUUUUUAAAUUGUUUAAAAAUCAUCUUUAUUUGUAUUUAAUUGAUUUUUUUAACUUUCUGGACUGUUGUCGAUAAUUGACUCUGUUUUAAUCGCUUUUUAUCGAACUUUCAAUGUUUUUUUUUUAAAACUUGUUUCUAUGAUUUAGAGUUUAAUAUCUUUGGAGUUUGAAUAACUGUUAAAAUCGAUCUCUGGGAACCUUGAUAAGAUGUUAAAAACAGAAGUUAAAGUUUUCAAAAUCAUUUUAACCUCUUAUUGGACUAAUAGAUCAAUAUUGUUUGUUUUCAAAUCUUCAUUUUCAAAGAAUUUUAUUUUUUUAAUUGUUUAAAAAUCAUCAACAUUAAACUAUUCUGGACUGUUGUUGAUAAUCGACUCUGUUUACUCUGUUUUAAUCGCUCGAUUUAACAAACAUCUUUAUCAUUAUUGAAGAUUUGAAAUGUGGUUUUUACAUAAAUAUUGACUUGUCUGUGUUUUUGCUCUUCUGACACCCAGAAACAGUCACAGUCACACACUAAUAAUAAAGUCACGUCCCCUCACACUCACACACACAGACACACACACUCACGGCUCUUUAUUGGUUCAUUUAUGGAGCGCUCAUCCGGGGGGCCUUCCACAGAUAGACCCUCACAGUCUCUGCAGACCCUCGCCCGGUCACAUGAGCCUCAUGAGUGCGCCCCAGAACAAGGCGCACACAGUCAGAUCCAUCACUGAUGGCAUUCAUAUUUCCCAGCUUGGAGUCGGCGACGAGUGCAAAUGUUCACUAUUGGAAUCAUGUGCAGAGACAGAGAUGACAGAGGCCUUUGAGCGGAGCACGUCCAGUCCUGUUCGGUUCAACCAGGGUCAACUAAAGCCAAACUAUCUGCAGAGGGGUUCUUCAUCCUCCUCCUCCUCCUCAGCAGUACAGUCCCCCUCUGUUCUCCCUCUCCUCGCUCUCCGCAGGUCGAGCUGCAGCCGUGUUGUAGACAUGCUGCUCUGUCAGAGCGUGAUGGAUGUCCACUCCACAAAUGUGAGGGUACGAAGUCCGGGGAUUCCCGUUUCCCAGAGGCCUUUGGGUGGAUGGAUCCCUGUUACGUAAACAAAUCCAUCUGCACUUCCUGCUUCUUGGUCAGAGAGAGCGAGCGAGGGAGGAGAGCUGAAUUUUUAUAUUCUGAGACAAAACACGGAGGAGGAGGAGGAGGAGGAGGAGGAGGACGGGGGGGUCAGGAGAGGAGGGGGUGACAGAGGUAGAAGAGGAAGAGCCCUUUCCCUCUCAGCUGCACCUCCUCGCUCUUCCUGCAGUGAUCUCAUCUUCAGCUUCCGCCCGGACAGACCGCGGCGCUUUGAACCGUCGACCAUAGGAGGCAAAUAUAGGAGUAUGUGACACACACACACACACACACACACACACACACACGCCUGUCCUGAUUAUCACAGUGGAAAACAGACGGACACCCACACAGCCGGCCCGACAGGAAACAGCGCUGCUCGGAACAAACAAGCACUUCCUGUGAGCGCUGGGGCCCAAUCAGAAUCCGGCGUCCUGUCCACUGCAUCAUUAUCACCAUCAUUCAGAGGACAUUACUGCUCAUUUGCUAAUAGCCACAAGGCCUUAUUUAUGCCCCCCCCCCUCCUCUGGUGACCCAGGUUUGGACUCGUGUCUUUACACGGACGUCCGCCGCCGCCGUUCCUCCAAAACUCGCCCACUAAUUGAAAUACAUUAGUCCUAAAUUGCCUCUCUUUCCCUUUCACCCAUCAUGUUGACAGACGAGCCAAUAUUUAAGUUUGCCUCUCUAAUUUGUUGUAGAGGCUGAAGUUGGUUUACAGUACCAUUACUCUGACAGACGGCAGGAACAGAACCGCCAUUAUGUUCCCGGUUCAGAGUGCGGUCAACGCCGGACUCCAUAGGGUCUGACCAAGGCCGCCAACUGGGGCCAGGGUUUCUGUACGAGCUGCUAAAAGUCUGAGUUAUUCCUGUUCUGACAGAACAUGAGAUACCUGAGGGGGUUCCUGUAUCUGAACCUCAAACAUCUCAAAGCUGCUCUGUCACGAUAAAUAAAACACCUCUGAGGGAUUUUAUAUCAGCGUUAUCUGACGUCUGUCUGACCAGAACAAAUAGUUAGUUCAUGUUUGAUUCAAGGACACAACUUUUUACCAGGUCUGUAUGUUUGUUUGUAAGGAACAAACUUCUGAGUUAGUCUGAUCGAUUUCCCGAAAGAAAAUUUAAAAACAAUCUAGUUUAGGGAGGCGGCAGCAUCUAUGAGUCUGUUGGGAGACUAAAAUGAUAAAACUAAGUUUAAUCGAACACAGCUCAUAAUUCUUUUUUUUUUUGCUGAAUCAGACUUCUCUCCUUGUCGGCGUCGAACGUGUCCUCCUCCCCAACACUAGGGGGCGAUAUGGGUCUUUUCAGCGGCGCUGUUUCCGACCCCAUCCAACCGUCAACAACAACAACAGCAGGUCGGUGUCAGACGUCAGAAGUGUCUACAACUGCUGCUGGGCAUUUUGGAGAAACAAGAAGAUGGAGCAUCGUACAGCGUUGUUUUUGUCCUACGGGGGGCGUGGCACACAGGCAUACUCCGACUACGCUGGUUACAUGGUAGAGAAAAUCGAAUUCCAAUCACAUUAUCUGGGUGUCUUAAUCGAAGUUCUCAAACUCUGAUUAUAGUCGGACUAAGGUGUUUACAUGACCUUCAGUUGUCCGGUCUUAAUCGGAAUAAGGCGAUAAUUCGGUUUUCUCAAGUGUCAUGGAAACGUACUGACUGAGUCCUCAUUUAGGUCUAAGGACCUCUGAUGGAUCUCUGUAGACUCUUAAACCUGGACUGAGAUAAGGUGAUCUGGUCUGAGGAGGUUCUUGUUUGGUACCACCACCCUCGAUGAUCUUCAUCAGGUAACUAACCAACAUCAAACGUCUUCUAAACAAACUACAGUAAAAAUCAACAAACCCUCGAUUUUUCCAAAUGUUGGCGUUGAUAACCCUAACCCUGUUUGCCUCCCACCCCCCUUGUCUUUGUGAGUCUGUUUGGACCAGGAAGCCGCCCGUCUUAUCUGAACACACGACCCCGCUGGAUGGCGGCCGGCCUGUGGAAGCUCAACUCUGAGUAAACUUUGCCUUAACUUUGAAGCGGGCCGUGUGAGCGCCUGUCCUGGGGGCUGCUCUCAGCAGCGGUGGCUCUCCAAAGGGGGAGGUCAAUGGGACAGGUAAACAGGAAGUGCCAGUGCGGUGAUUGACAGCCUGUUUAGACACAGAGAGAUGGAUGCUGGGAGAACGCUGACUCAAUGACGAAUCACCUCUCACUGACCGGAUUCUGGACAAAGAUGCUGCAGGGCACGGGGGGGGAGCAUGGUGGAGAACUUCUAUUUUUACCUCCAGAACAGAGUUGGGCGGGAUGACGGUGUAAAAGUGUCUACCAGUAGAAAUUUUGCCGUUUGCAUGCGUUUCCGUAAAUUCACCAGCGUGUUGUGCAGAGUUUGUUCACUCUGUUUGAUUUGUCAGGUUUAGGUGCGUUUCUGUAUCACCAGCGUGUCCAGCUGACUGCUUGGCAAAGUUUUGACGAAGAAGAAGAAGAAACAGCUUCACUGAUGGUGGUCAUGGCGGACGUGGAGAUUAGCGGCAGUACCGAGCAAACAGAGGCAACCCGACCCAUCUCAUACGAGGAAGAGGAGGAGGAACUUGUUCUGAAAAAGGGCGCAAGUCGCGACAUCAGUUAUCUGGAGAUUCUUCGGAUUUAGAAAAUCCGACAAUGAUCAAAAAACAAAACUAUACAAAGAGUGUGGUAUGGCUGUCAAUGGUGGAGGAGGAAACACCAACAACCUCUUCAACCACCUAAAGAUGAAACACACCUAACUCCAUUAUAAGAUGCGUGACGCACCUGCUGCACCAAAAACUAAAACUGCAGCAGCUCCUCUCAGACUCAAGAGCUUUCAGAGUCUCUCUCCAAAGGUACGCCAUAUGAUAAAAAAAUCACCAGACUGGUCCGACAUUUUAUUUACAUUUGUGUAAAAAUCUGAGUUUAAAAAUAAAAGGAAAAUGAACAAAUGCAACAAUAUGGUAAUUAUAAAGACAUUAACUGAAUUUACAGGGGGGAAAAAACAUAUUGUGAUAAAUACCGUUACCAUGACAUGACUUAAGGCGUGAUAUAACGGUGCAUUCCAGUUGUUCUCAGAGGUGGGAAUUUACACUUCUAACCAUUUAAUGUUGCAAUAAGUCAGCCUGCGGCUCGGACUACAAAAGUAUUAUUAGAUGUUUGUAUAUGGAAAUGCUGUCAUAGUGUAAUUUACAUUUUUUCAUGUGUAUAUCUGAACUCUAACAACAGCUAACUGUAGCCUGGUAGUUUCAGCUGAUUUUUUGUUUAUUUCAACUUAUAAUUGACAAAAUGUGUGUAUGCAGUUGUUAGGAGCACUCGCCCGUUAUUAACUGAUGACCGAUCAAACAGCGAUCAAUACUUUUUGUAAACAAUGAAAUACUUAGAAAGAAAAAAUAGGCGACCUUCUGCGCCUACGUGUUUGCAUGUCGCAGAACGACCCCAUAUUUGUCCAGAAGUCGCUGAUAUUCAGACAAGGUAAGCACUAAAUUAACUUUCGUAGAUGUAGCCAUCUUGUUUCUGCCUCCGAUUUUUCUUUUUUCCGACUUGGUAACUGAAACGAUGUUAACUCUGGUGUGACGUCAUUCCCAGCUCUGACAUCUGACUUCCACGGUAACUCGAAGGCACCAUAAGAAAUUGUUUAUACCGCCCAACACUACUCCAGAACAUUCCUCCAGUUUCUCCACAGUUAUCUCUGCAUUUGGAGCGAUUUGGUUCUGCUGAGUGAGGAUAUUUUUGGCCACGAGACGCUCCUCGCCACGAGCGCCACGCCCUCUCUGGAAGUGGCAUCCAAAUUGCUUUUUCUAUGUGCCUCCCAGUAAAAAAAGCCUGUGUGCAAAUCAAUAUUUCAUCCAGCUGAAGCCAUUACGGCGCUCGGAGAGGGGCGGUGACUUACAGUAAGAGGCCGAGUGUUUUGACAGCGUCUGGGUUUGUUGCCCGGGGGGGGGUGUUUGUUUGUGAGAGGAAGUUUGGGUUAGAUAUUCUCUAAAAGGUCAAAACUCUCCACUUUCAUUAACUUUUACUCUCUUCGUUACUCUUUCUGCCUUUAUCGUACCCAUAAUGCAACAGUGAGGGUGCUCGCAGGCCAGCAGCAGCCUGGGUGGCAGACUGAGCGCUGGGGCCGCCGCUUGCUGGAGCUAAUCAUGUUGAUUAUUACGAUUACAGACCAUUUCCCCCUCCCAGUGUCACGCUGCAACUUACUGACCUGAAUCUGACAGGAAAAAAAAAAAAAACGUCCUGGUUGCCACGGGCGAUCCGUCUUCCUGUUCUCCUCUGUCCAAAAAAAACGCCCCCUCCCUCCGUCCCGCCCUCCUUUUCCUCCGUUCAAACACAAUCGGUCCCCGAGGUAGCCCAGGGACCGUUUCCUCAUCCCGACCAAGGCAUGACCAAGAGCUUUACUGGACACACACACACACACACACACACACACACACACACACACACACACACACACACACACACACACACACACACACACACACACACACACACUGAUUUCUGUCUACAUUUCCCCUCUCAGCCAGUUUCCUCUUUUUCAUUAGGUUCUGGCAGCAGGAUAAAGUUUUCCUGCUACUGUGCGUCCAGCAGCAGGCGUGCAGAUGUUGUGCGCGGCGGUGGUGGCGGCGGGGCUCCUCCUCCUCCUCCUUCCACAUGUGUUUAUCAGAUCGCUGCUCUGUUUCAUAAUCUCCAUCAUACAGCAGAUAACAAAGCCUUUGAUUUGGGGCUGAUUUCCCCCCAUGUUAAAUUUAGCAGAGUGAUCACUCAGGGUGAUUACGGGUCUCUGUGGUCUUCUCUGGAUCAGAUGGGACACACACACACACACACACACACACACACACACAGAGCGCGGCGGCCCGGCUCAGAGGAGGUGGG